GUGCAAUUAAGGGAGUAAUUUGUGAUAAAGAUCAAAUUCUUGGGUUUUCCUAGUAAUAGGGCAACAAGACAUAUCCAAUUUCUACGCGAUCAGAAUCAGAACCAGCACGAAAUCGUAAAUCGAACAGAUUAAGGACGUAAUCCGCACUCUGACUCAACCAACAAGAGGGUAAAGUGAAGAUUACCCUAAAGAAUAAUCAGUCGAGAGAAGAUGGCUGAUACUGAGGAGGGAGAGGAACCUACCUCUCGAGGAAAUGAAUGGGAAGUUGUGUCGCUCACAGCAUCAGCUUAUGCUGCUGCUCCUGGUGGUCCAGAUCCCAUUGUAUUGAAUGACGAUGACAAGGGAAAUGCAGUUGAGGAGGGUGGGGCUCAAACUUCACAUGCGAUGCUUAUGUCCGGUCACUUUGUCUUUCCGUCAUGUAAGCAUGAGAACUUGCCCAUGGAACCUGAAAAUAUUGAGAUCCAGAAUUUACUAGGAGUUGAAGAUGACGUUACAGAAUUGGGUGCUGAUGAAGGGCGUAGGUCAGAUACAAAAGACGAAGAGAACUGGAGCAUGAAAGGACUGGCUAUGCCAGAUGAAUUUCCUGGUAUUGAGUUUUUUGAUGAAAAGGUUGACAGGCUAUCCAUUCCUGGAAACGAGUUCAACGAAGGGACGACAUUGCAAGGGCCAAAUUUGACUGAGAAAGAGCAGAGUAUGUAUAGUGCUUCUGACUUUAGCUCUUUCCAUGGUGAAACAACCAUCGGUGAAUCAAACACUGGCGACAAUACAGUUAUUCCUGGACAAGUUGAACCCCCUGAGGGAGGCCUGGAUUUGGACAUCUCACAGUUUCCAAAGCGUUCAAAGGAAGAUAGAAAUGACAACUCAGAAUUUCCCUGUGAAGCUUGGUGGAAGAGAAGAGCUGCUUCUUUGUAUGCUCAGGCAAAAGAGGCAAAUACGUUUUGGUCAAUUUUUAUUGCUGCAGCUGUGAUGGGCUUCGUAGUUCUUGGGCAGCAUUGGCAACAAGAAAAGUGGCAGGCUUUGCAGCUUAAGUGGCAGUUCAGCAUCAAUGAUGAGAAGUUGGGAAGGAUGUUUGGCCCCAUUUCUCGUUUCAAAGAUGCCAUUGUGGGUGGAAACCGGAGGGGUUCUUUUAUCAGGGGCACCUCCUCUACCGAGCGUUGAGAUGACGAAAACAUUAGACUUGCAUUGACAUGACAACGAAAAUGAGAGACAGAGAGAGGUGUAUAUAAGUGGUGAUUGUGCUAGUUUGCUUCGAAGUGUGAUUCGCUUAUUUUUCUUUAAGAUGAAGCUACAGGGUUGGUUGGUUACUUGUGUGAAUAUUUGGUUCUGUUUGAAUGUAUUACUCCAUUUAUGUUGCGAAAAGGGUAGCCAUUUGGAAGACUGGGUGUAUGGUUCUGUUUCAAAACCUGAAACCGUGAAUGAAUCAAGGAUUCGGUGAUUUGCCA